CCUGCGGAAGUGGAGAGCGAGAAAAGGCCGCGACCAUGGCGCCCCCGGCUCCAGGCCCGGCCUCGGGCGGCGCCGGAGACGUGGACGAGCUGUUCGACGUGAAAAACGCCUUCUACAUCGGGAGCUACCAGCAGUGCAUCAACGAGGCGCAGCGGGUGAAGCCAUCCAGCCCGGAGAGAGAUGUGGAGCGGGAUGUAUUCCUGUAUCGCGCCUACCUGGCCCAGAGAAAAUUCGGCGUGGUCCUGGAUGAGAUCAAGCCCUCCUCGGCCCCCGAGCUGCAGGCCGUGCGCAUGUUCGCCCAGUACCUGGCCAGCGAGAGCCAGAGGGAUACCAUCGUGGCCGAGCUGGACCGGGAGAUGAGCAAAAGUGUGGACGUGAGCAACAGCACUUUCCUGCUCAUGGCCGCCUCCAUCUACUUCCACGAGAACAACCCGGAUGCCGCCCUGCGGGCCCUGCACCAGGGAGACAGCCUGGAGGGUAUGGCCAUGACUGUGCAAAUCCUGCUGAAACUGGACCGUCUGGACCUAGCCAGGAAGGAGCUGAAGAAGAUGCAGGAGCAGGACGAGGACGCGACACUCACGCAGCUGGCCACCGCCUGGGUUAGCCUCGCCACUGGCGGUGACAAGCUGCAGGACGCCUACUACAUAUUCCAGGAGCUCGCGGACAAGUGCUCCCCCACACUGCUGCUUCUGGGGGGCCAGGCUGCCGCCCACAUGGCACAGGGCCGCUGGGAGGCCGCAGAGGGCGCCCUGCAGGAGGCACUGGACAAGGACAGCGGCCACCCCGAGACACUUGUCAACCUCAUUGUGCUGUCACAGCAUCUGGGCAAACCCCCUGAGGUGACAAACCGGUACCUCUCUCAGCUGAAGGACGCCCACAGGACACACCCCUUCAUCCAGGAGUAUCAGGCCAAGGAGAACGACUUUGACCGGCUGGCUCUGCAGUACAGCCCCAGUGCAUGAACCCCCAGCUGCUUUCCCGCCACACCCCAAUAAAUGCCUCUCCUCGGAA